ACACACAGGUACACAACACCUGAGACGUAGGACAACACACACCCACACUUAUCUUUGGUCAGGCCUGGUGUAGUACACCGGGUUUUCCAUAAAGUGGUUAGCCAAGGGCACACAGUACUUUUUACUUUAUCUGCUGUAAUAUAAUCUCCUGUGUCUAUAUACAUAUGUAGUUGUUUUUACAACAAAUUUCAGUGUGUUUUGUACAUAGUUAAUGGUGGCAGGUCCGUCCAGUGUACUGUAAAUUGGAACGGUCAUCAGCUACACAAUGGACGCCAGCCACCUGUGUCAAGUCUGAUCUCAUGAGUACUAUAUACCGAGUACAUGGAUUUAAUUAUCAAAAAGGUACUACAGCUAAGGAAAGGUGCCAAGGAAAAACAAUUGAAAAAAGAUUCCCUCCUGCAGACACGCCCCCUUCCAGAUGCGCCCUCUAUUGGUGAUGUUCUCAACACAAAAUGGAUGUCCAAGGAAAAUCUGUUGGCCAGUCAGAACGAGGAUGAUCCAAACCUCUUUGUUGCUCUCUACGACUUCCAGUCAGGGGGAGACAACCAGCUCAGUAUUGUUAAAGACAUCAUCAUUGCAGGUGAACAGGUGACCAUCCUAGGCUACAAUAAGGGAGGUGAAUGGUGCGAAGUCAAGAACAAAGCCGGGGACAUCGGCUGGGUGCCUAGCAACUACAUUGCCCCGGUUAACAGUCUCGACAAGUUCUCCUGGUACCAUGGACAGAUAUCUCGGAAUGCGUCGGAAUAUCUACUCAGUAGCGGCAUCAACGGAAGCUUCUUGGUCAGAGAGAGUGAGAGUAGUCCAGGUCAAAGGUCGAUAUCGGUCAGGUUUGAAGGAAGAGUCUAUCAUUACAGAAUCAGCGAGGAUUCUGAUGGAAAGGUAUUUGUGACCCAGGAGCAUCGCUUCAACACACUUGCAGAGCUAGUCCAUCACCACUCCAUACAUUCUGAUGGUCUGGUCACCACACUGCUAUACCCCGCCCCUAAACGCACCAAACCCACAGUAUUUGGCCUCAGCCCAGAGCCUGACCGAUGGGAGAUCGAACGCACGGAAAUCGCCAUGAAACACAGGCUGGGCGGAGGGCAGUAUGGAGAUGUAUAUGAGGCGAUUUGGAAACGUUACAACAAAACUGUGGCUGUGAAAACUCUCAAGGAGGACACAAUGGCUUUGAAGGAUUUCCUGGAGGAGGCAUGCAUCAUGAAGGAGAUGAAACAUCCUAACCUUGUACAGUUGCUGGGUGUAUGUACGAGAGAACCACCAUUCUAUAUAGUGACAGAAUUUAUGACACACGGUAACCUGCUUGAUUUCCUACGUGGGUCGCCAAAGGGGGAGGUGGGUGCUACCAUACUUAUGCAUAUGGCCACCCAGAUAGCUUCAGGCAUGGCCUACCUAGAGACCCGGAUGUUUAUCCACAGGGAUCUGGCAGCCAGGAACUGCCUGGUAGGAGAAAACCAUCUAGUCAAAGUGGCAGAUUUUGGACUAGCAAGGCUGAUGAAGGAUGAUACCUACACAGCUCAUGCUGGUGCAAAAUUUCCCAUCAAGUGGACAGCUCCCGAGGGACUGGCCUUCAAUCGCUUCUCCACCAAGUCAGACGUGUGGGCUUUUGGGGUAUUGCUGUGGGAGCUGGCUACCUAUGGCAUGUCACCGUAUCCUGGUGUAGAGCUGACAGAAGUCUACCACCUCCUGGAGCGGGGCUACAGGAUGGACCGACCUGCUGGGUGUCCAGCUAAUGUUUAUGAACUAAUGAUGAGAUGUUGGCAUUGGGACCCAAAAGACCGGCCAACAUUCAAGGACAUCCACAACUCAUUAGAACACAUGUUUGAGAAGUCUAGUAUUAGUGAAGAGGUAGAGAAAGAGUUGGAGAAGAAUGAUACCAAACGAGUGCCCUCCAAGAAAGGUCGACAGCCACCUAGUAUGGAUGGCAGUGAACACCUCGAGGGCCGCAUCAGCGCAGGUCCAACACCCCCUGCAGGCAGGCGUGUGUUGCCUCCCAUGGAGGACACGGAACUGGCACUACGACAAAAUAGCAAAUCUUUGUCAAAAUCACGCAAAAAGGGAGGUCCGGCUCCUGCCCCACCACGUAGAACCACGUCAUGUAAGGACACACCUGAAAAUCCCAAAGAUAUGGAGAAUGAACUCAAGGCUAAAAUGAAACUACAGAAAGCGAAGAUAGAAAGUUCUACCCUAGUGGAACAGUAUGAUGAACAGGAGAAUCUAGAAAGGGAUUCUUCUGCUGGAGACUUCACCCCCAUGAUGGUAACACUCCAGCCAUCAAAACGGUUUGAACUAGGUUCCCCUAAAACUUUCCAAAGGAUGGAUUCUAAGGAAGCUUUAAAGGAAAACAGAAUGGAAGACAGUGGCAUUUCACAAAGUAGUACUGAGAGUCUAAAGCGUGCUCAGAUUGACAAAUCAAAAUACUUGAUCAAUACAGAUAGUGCGGUCAAGUCUGGCCAGUUCGAGCACUCGCAAGAGCGUAGUAGUGGUAGGAAGUUUUCACUGCCAUACCACCGUGAAACUGUAAGGCAAUCGGACCUAGAAAGUAAAAAAGUAGACCAGGGAACAAGUACUUUUGAAGAGGGUACGGACGCAACUCCUUUAGUAACAUAUAAAGGUAAACAGUAUCCCAAAAAGGCCCUGCCUCUCCCACAACAGGCUCUGGGCAUGCCACGUAGAAAAUACUCAUCUGAAAAUGUGCAACGAUUCGAGUCUGCCCAGUUGAUACGAGGGCGGGGCUCGCUGGAUGCUGAGAGUGAAAGUGUAACCAUAGGUAAAUUAGAUGUGGAUAAUGUUACGAAAGCCAUUAGUAGGUAUGGAACCAUUCCAAAAGGGCGUAGAAUUGAAGCAUACCUUGCGUCAAUGGAAAGUGGAACCGAGCGAAAUCCAGUUCAGGAGCUUCCCCAAGUAGAGGACCACGAUUCUGGGACGGACACUGCCAGCAUUUCCUCAUGCCCGGUGCUUCUACCUGAGCCUUCAGGAGCCAAGGUAGUGCCCAGCACUGAGGCAAACAUUAUCAAACCAGAACCGAAUGUAAAACCAUCAGCUUUUGUAAAAUCACAAUCACAACAUACAAUUGUGGAUAACUCCACAUCUCACCAUGGAGCUCUUCUUCAAAGACAUAAAUCUGAUCUGACGCAUGGAGCUAUGUCUAUUAGUAUUGACCCCACACAACCCCCCAAACAUUACACUGAUCCCAAGCCUAAACCCAGCCCCCGACUGUCCCGCAUGUUCACAGACCACGGUGAGGCUAAUAGCCAUGAGGGCCAUGAGCCUCUCUCAUCUUUACCAACUCCUGUGUACAAGUCGCUAGGGGCACCACUAGAUUACAGUCCUGGUAGUAACACUGACUCUACUGUCAUAGAAAGUCCUGAAUCCAUUGAGGCACGGCUUAAACACAGUGCUGACAACAAAGUUCAACCACUGCGGCCACAGUUUACCCACAAGUCGCGUUCCCAGUCCACAGGGGACUAUCCACGGCCAGAGGAUACAACACCAGAUGAAAACCAGUGGGCAAGUGUUAAUGCAGCGAUGCAACAACACAUGCAAAUUGCUCAAAACCAGCUGGAGGAUAAACAGGGUGCCUCUUUCUUAUCUAAAGUUGCCAUGUUUCAGUCACAGGGACCAGGGUCAAGCGAAUUCAGUUCCUUCAAACCAUUCACACGUGGAGAAAGUGGGAGGGAAUCGCUGCGGGAUGACAAAUCAACAAGUAGUAAUAAGUCGGACGUGGUAACAAGGAAAAAUGAACCUCGUGUAGAAAUGCAACCAUACAAACCUACAGCUAGUAAAGACGACAAUAUAUACAAACCUGUAUUACCAAAGAUGGCGGCGUCAUCAGGUGGAAUAAACCCCCUCAUGUCAAAGUCAAUGAUUGAUACCCUAGAUACUGUACCAGAGAGCUAUUUACAUGGACAGAGCUCGGAUUCGGACACACCAAAGGUUUCACGUGAAACAAUUCUUGACUCAUCUGGUAACUUAAAAGGUUGUAUUGAUUCUUUAUUAGCAACUGGAAAUAAAUCUAGCACAAAUUUCAUGGUACUUUCAGAACAAGUUUUAAAUUUCCAUGAGCAGUGUUCACAUUUUAUUGACUCUCUUCCUCCACAUGCAAAGUUCCAUGCCCGAGAGCUUUUGUCACGCCUGCAGUCACAUAGUGAAAAUUUGAAAAAAUUCAGUAGCACAAAUCCAUCGGGAGGAGGUAAACUUAUCGGUGAUAUUAAGAUGACUGUCCAGGAAGUCAUCGAUCUUAUACAAAGGUGAAAAGUGAUGUUUCCAUUUCUGAAGAAAAAAAUUCGAAAAAUUGGCUGAGGUACAUGGAUUAGCUUAAAGUCUACUAAGUUCAAUUUUCACUUUUUUUUUUAUUUUUCAAGAAAAUGGGACCAUGUUGUGUUCUUGGUAUUCAAUAGAUCUUAAAACUGAAGUGAAAUGUGAUGUGAUGUUAGUACUAUACCUUAUCAGGUGUAUCAUUUGUAAGUGAUAGGAAAUCUUUCAUGGAUGUGAAAGGUAAAAUGGUGCAAGAGUCAAGAUUCCUAAAGGUGUCAGGUCCUUUAUCUACUUACAUUUAGAGGUGAAAGGUCAAUGGAAUGAAAGAUUGAGUUCCUGGCAUUAGGUAUGUUGUACCAAGUUGUUGCAAGUAAGGUACAGAUCUGAGAUCUUGAAUAGUAUUGUAACUGUAUGACAUGUUUCUGUACUACUGUACUAAUUAUGUACAACUCAUAAGUAAUAUAUUAUUGUAACAUAUUGUCAUUUUAAUUGUUUUGUUGAAAGAUCAAAAUCUCCAUUUCUUUCAUGCAACAUAUCCUUUCCGCCUUAUAGAAACUAAACUUAUCAUUAACAGAAAUUAGGAUCACUUUCAUUAAAUCAUGGUCAGCAUGUUGUUUGAAUGACAUACUUUUGUGGUUCUUACUGCCAGUAUUAGGUGGUCAAACAUCUUCAGUAACUUGUUAUAUCACACCUGAAGAUUAUUCUUUACAUAUACCUAUUGCCAAAUAUACCUUACCUGGUGUGAAUCGUCCGUACUUGUGAAGCUACACUUACCAUUACGCUGUAUUUUGUAAAAGUGUGAACAGAGGUAUUUCUCCUUGACUGUUAGUUAAACGAUUUCACUUAGAAGAGCAUAUGGUUCAUGUUGAUGUAGUUUUUCGUUAUUUACUGAAUUAAUACUUAAAUAACUAACAGUUUUCUGAACAUGGAAAAAUGUGAAAAUUCAUCAGUACAUACUGUAAUUAAAAAAAAUGUAAAUAUCUACAAUAACAGUAUUUCAAAUGAGGGUUAAGAUUUUACAGAUGUUUUCACGUUUGCUAAAAUGUAUACCUGACAAGUAGAUAGCAUGGUUUGUAGUGAUAUACACACAUAGACGAUUCAUAUCAAUCCUGUUUUAUGGUUUAGUUACUACUGUUGUUUUGUAUUGUUUUCAGUUUAAUUCAUGAAAACUCAAGGUUGUAUUGUUAAUCCUACAAUUUAGUCAAUAUUUAAGGAAGAGUGGUACUUAUUUAAAACUGACAGUAUGGUAAUAUUGCCAUCAGUUAUGCUGUUCAUUUUCCUUUAUUUGCAUAGAAAUAAUAUUUUGAAAUGAAUUUGAGUAUUUUACUGACAUACAUGUAACAGAUCUGAGGAAUUUCUGAAAUGAAAUAUUAAUUGAAGUAUUAAUAGUUUGCCCCUUUUGUAUAGAGGAAAUAAUACUGCCGCUAUCUUUGAACUGCCUUUCUAUAGGCUUGGUCAGAAACAAUGUGCUUGUUUGUGGUUGUAGGUUGUCUCCCCUUUAUUUUAACCAACAGUAUUUUAAAUCUACUUGACACACUAAUUUAUUUGGCAUGUAAAUGCAAGGCUUUGGUAAGGAAUUGGUUUUGAAACAUUACACAACAGUCGUAUUAGAUUACCGAGAUUAAGAAAUCAGCUGUGCAUUAUAUUAUGCGCAAGUAGAUGUAUGUAGUCAAUUUAUAAGGGAUAAAAUAUACUUCUCAUUUUAGAUAUUCAUGCUGGACUGGGUACCUGUUGGUAAAUGUUCCAGAAGUAUUUUCCUGACAACCUGUAUCAUGUUAUACAAUGCAGGUUGUCUCCCUUUUAUUGACAUUGCCAGUUUAAUGAUAUGCUAUGAUAGAUCUAAUUGGUCAUCUCAUUUACAGUUAUUGUUCAUCCUUCUGUAUAAAUAGGAACCUGUUUUGAAUUAGCUCAGUACAGACGUUCUCCAAUCAGAUAUCCUGUCUAAUUCAACAUGAAGCUUUAACCUCCAUAGCUUUCCCGACUUAUCUAAUCUUACCAAUUUUUGUGUUCCCAACAGUGUCAGAUUGGUCAGCUUUUUGUCUAUCUUGUAAGUGCUAAUAAAGAUAAUCAUUUCCCCCAAACCUCCAAUGUAAUAAACAAAUCUGUGUCUAUUGGACCCAUUGUAGAAGGAACAAGGUUUUAUACAUAUGUACAAGAUAUUUUACUGCUGAACUUGUUGACCGGUUGCAUUGAGGUAAAUUGAUUACUCUAUUUCUACAAUCAAAUGUACGAUUACUAUAUUAAAGGAGGACAAUGUUGUCAGAAGUGCUGGAGUGUUACAGUUUAUGUUUUAAGUCGGUGUGUGGAGAAAACCAAAAGUAGGAAGGAGGUACCAUAUUAAAAUUGAAUGUUUGGUUGUAUAUUAUUCCUUGUGGUAAUUUGAGUGUCUGUUAUACACUCUCCAACAUAUCACAUUAACAUCAAUUGGUUAACUUCUUCCCUACACAAAGGCGUAUGUAUAGCAUUUUCCAUUAAGAGCGGUCAUUAAAUCUCACUACCUCAUUAGUAUUCAUUAAAUGGGAAAAGAAAUAUUCCAGUCAUUCAAUUCAUCAAAAUAUCCAGAAAAGUCCUCUGUUUCAGAGUUAUUCAUACACUAUAUACAAUAAUGUGUUGUGAACAAUUAAAGGCAUGAACUCUUUCUUUAUUGAAUUCCUGUUUUACACAAGACUUGUGAGAAAAUAAGUAAAAUUUCCUUAAAUAUCAUUUGUCACAGAUCUGUCUGUCAUACAUAAAUCUGUUAUCUGAAAUAUGUAAUGUGUUUUGGAGAGAGUGUACAUGUGUUGUGAUAUACAGAGUGCGUGUUUGUGUGUGCGCAUGAAGACAAAGGGCUCUUGAAGAGUUAUCCCCCCUGUCUAUAUCCUGUACAAUCAGUACCUGAUCUUGUCUUUCUUUGUCUAGUCCUAUGAAUAGAGGGACAGCAUUCUGUUCCCUCCUCUAUAAAUAAUCUCGGGUUCUGUGUAGCAUACGUUUAUGGACUGCAGCAAGCAACUUGUGAUGUAUUGAAUCAAAAGAUUACAUCAAGAUGUGUGAUUUAAUCAUAUUUCCAAAACUCCAUUAUCUUGUAUUGCUGCUUCAGAUUAAAUGGCAAUUUAAUGUUUCUAAAUACAUUCUAUACAUAUAUAACAGUUAGUCCUGGUUUAUUUAUGUUCUUCCGUACGGAACAACUAUUUCGUAAGUUUCUUACUAAUUAUAGCAUAAUACAUAAUGUAAUUUAACAUUGACAGUUUGAUUUACGAAGUUGAAAUAAUAUACAAAAGGAUAAUCAACUUCUUCAUUAUAACAUGAAGAAAGAAUAUUUAAACUUAAUGGCAUGCUUACAUCAAAGUUAACUAUGCCUACAGGAAUUUUUGUUUUUUGCCAUUACUAUUUUUAGAGUAAGUUUGUUUAGUUGACUUCUAAUUUCUAUAAUGUGAUGUGUCGAACUUCAAACUUCCAGGAUAUAGGUCCACACUUCAUAAAAAGCCUCGCAUACCUUUUUGACAAUGUGUUUAUUUUUACAUGCAACUCUUUACAAUUGUUUUGAAUGAUGAAACAUUUCAUAUAGCAAGUUACAACCAAAACAAUAGUAAUAUGUAAAUUGGAAAAACGGUUGUGAGAGGUGAAUUCAGUUCUGCUGAGAUAGAGAGUGCAUUGAGUCUGCUUAUCACACAUUGUAAAUCCUCAUCUUUAUAUUAUAUAUGUAUUUAGAAAUUUCUUAUAGUUGUAAAUACCAGAUAUUUAUACUAACAUUUAGAAAUUGGGGGAAAAGUUUAUUUAUACAACUUCACAUGCUGGCAUUAUGAUAUACCAAUUAAACCAGGUGAUGGUUUAAUAUGCAUUAAUGGUUGUACACUAUUCUUUUUCGAACAUAUUUUACAGUACGAUAGGUAACAAAUUACAUGUAUUUAAGACAUACAAAUGAGUUUCAUGUUGAUUUACAUAACUAGCCAAGAGCUAACUGUUUGAGAAGCAUAUUUAGGUAAGACAAUGCCAUUAUCUGAUGUCACCUGGACCAUAUUGAUAAAACUAUUCAUGGUCAUACUGAAAAUUUUGCACAAGCUUAAUUGCUUAUUCUGGGUGAGAAUUUCCAGCUGAAGUCCAUUGUACUUCCUAGUUUGAAUAUACUUGGUUUACACUUUAAGCUUCAUGUUGGAGUGUUUUCACUUUUUGAUCUCAUUGUGAAAGAAAAACAUAGUUACAUGAAAGAGAGAUUUAAACUUGCACCUAAAUUUGAUCAUGAGAAUGGUUUUAUCAUUACAGGUCCAGGUAAUGGUAGAAUUGUAAACCUGUGAAAUAUGAUGAAUGUUUAAUCAAUGCAUAUCGGUUAAUUUCUCUGAACUGUUAAUUGGGAAUCAGGGAAAUUAUUCCCACGAUAUUGCAUAUGAUCUUGUGAAUUAUGAUUGACAGUUAUUGUUGCUGUUCAGCCAAACCUAAACAUCACUGUGUAUAGGUAGAUUAUAGUGUAAUUAUACUAGUACAUAUAACAUGUCACUAGGUUAUAUAAUAUAGGUAAAACCUGUGAUAAUCCAGAUACUCAUCAGUGACACCCUCCUAUGGGCCAUCCCGUUUGCAAUAUUGCCAGUUAAGUUCUUGAGAGUAUCGGGCAUAUUGGCUGAGGAUCCUCCUACAUGCCAUGUUCCCCAGCAUUAUUUGAUACUUUGUAAGUAAGAAAAUGGAAUCUUUUCCUUCUACACUGUCGCUCUCAUUCAAUUCUACAUCUGUACCUCAAGCAUAAAUGUUGGUUGUAUAAUAUUGACUGUGGUGAGGUGUUCUGAUUCAAGAAAACUUAUAUUCCAUGUGAACAAAUGCCAUUGUGUCUCGUAAUUAUAAUACAGUGCCCUUCCUCCAUACCGAGAGGGAAAGCCUUGAGAUUGGAAGGCUGGGUUGUAUGUGCCCUUCAUCUACACACAGACAGGGAAAAUCUUGAGAUUGGGAGGCCAUCUGUAUGUGCUUAAAUGUGAUACCAUACGUUGUUUUAUAUUAAUUUAUUUGUGGUAACAUUUUACAGAAAAUCCUAAUUCUUUUAGACAAAAAAACUAUUUUGUCAUUGUUUUGAUAAAUUCCUACUUAACAUUAUGACUGUGAAUAUUUGUAAUUAACUUCCCUUCUCUAGCCAUUGCUGAUGGACAUACUGUACAUUUUGCUUGCUUUAAAUGGCCUCGACCUUUUGACGGACACCUUUCCGCGCUUCUAGAACCAGUUGAUGGGUAGAUAGUAGCAUGGAAGAGUUACAGGUCUAGACCAAAUGGGAACUUGAAAUGCUUGUGAUUGAAGUGCAAGAAACGUGUACAGUGCUCAUGGUCGGUUACAGUGCAAAAUACUUUUUUAUCUUAUAAUUAAUCCUACAACCUUGACUUCUUCUCAAGGAGGACAUUGAUGUCAUCGCCCUGUAAAUUGGGAUAUCUUAUAGUUAGUUCUAUAUUUCUCUAAACACUAUGUCUGAUAUUGGAAAGAAAUUAAGGUUGUAAACUAUAUAUAAAUAUAUUUUGUGUGGGUGAAGUAUGCAUGUUUUAUAAUUGUGAGAAAGUGUAUAAGUUGGGAGAGGCCUGCGUGUCUUGUGUCUGUAAGAUGGCUUUAUAAUCUGUGUACCGAGUGCAUUGUGAUGAGAGAAGGCUAUUUACUAGACAUGCAAGCCAAUUUUUGUCCAAAAAGUCAAUGUAUAUGGUUGUACAUUAAUGUGAAAAUAAAACAAUUAAGUACA